CAACAAAUUAAAUCUCAAUGACCUUCUUAACUGUAACAAGACCAAUCUUUGGACGCUCAUUAAGAACCCUGACUACAAGUUUAGCUUUGACUCGCGCUAUGCAUAUCCAAUCAAUUCCUAUGUGGACGGGUAGUAGUGAUAACUAUGCUUAUUUGGUCGUGGACGACAAGAGCAAAGAUGCUGUGAUCAUUGAUCCCGCAAAUCCGGACGAAGUUGCGCCCGUUUUGAAAGAACAGAUUAGCUCUGGCAAGAUUAAUUUAACGGCUAUUGUCAAUACCCAUCACCACUGGGAUCAUGCUGGAGGUAAUAAGAAACUGCUUGCGUAUUCUGAAUUCAAGGGGAAGCCAAUUAUUGGAGGCAAGGACUGCGAAGGUGUUACUCAAACACCCAAAAACGGUGAAGGCUUCAAGAUUGGUGAUAUUGCUGUAAAAGCACUAUACACUCCUUGCCAUACUCAAGACAGUAUAUGCUGGUUUAUGGAAGAUAGCACAGGAAAGGUCAUCUUUACAGGAGACACUCUCUUCCACGGGGGCUGUGGCCGAUUCUUCGAGGGCACUCCAGAGGAGAUGAAUACUGCUCUGAACCAGACCCUUGCCGCUGUGCCUGACGAUACCAAAGUUUAUCCUGGCCACGAAUACACGAAAGCCAAUGUGAAGUUUGCUAUGUCUGUUCUCCAAAGCGAGCCAGUGAAGAACUUGCACUCUUUUGCAGAGAACAAUAAGGAAACUCAAGGCAAAUUCACAAUUGGUGAUGAAAAGAAACACAAUGUUUUCAUGAGAAUGGAUGAUCCGGAGAUCAAGAAAGCUACAGGAAAAGAGGAUCCAAUUGAGGUUAUGGCCAAGCUCCGAGAGAUGAAGAACAACUUCAAGUGAGUAAGUACAUCUAUCAAAUUGAAUUUCUGCUUUGU